GUAUGCAGCAUAUUGUUUUAUUGGGGUAAUUCUGAAUGUUUGUUGGCGGACAAAUCUAUUUUCGUAUCUCGGCAACGCCCCCAUAUACUCCCCCUUUAGCGAUGUAAAUAUGUGGAUGAGGCUGAAGUUACUACCUCUGCUUUUAUUGAUCUGACCAACUAUUAAAUGAAGCUUACGGGUGUUUAGCGUGAACAAUGAAACCGCAUUAAUGCUGAAGUUUGUGUGGAACUCUCCGGUGUAAACUCACUCUGUUCUAGGCUACAAUGACAGUCUUUCAAUUUGAUGAUUUUUUAGCUGGAUGGAUUGGAGGAGCAUCCAGUGUGAUUGUGGGACAUCCACUUGACACGGUCAAGACUCGUUUACAAGCUGGCAAAGGAUACAAGAAUACGCUCCACUGUGUUGUAACGAUCUACAAAAAAGAAAAUGUAACAGGCUUUUUCAAAGGACUGUCCUUUCCAUUGGCCAGCAUCACUCUUUAUAAUUCUAUGGUGUUCGGUUUCUUCAGCAACACACAGCGCCUCAUUAGCAGAUAUCGUUAUGGUGAUGGCAGACACCCAUGCAGCAUGUUUGACUUGACUGUAGCGAGCAUGCUGACUGGUCUGGUGUCAGUGGGGGUGGGCGCUCCUGUUGACCUUGUCAAAAUUAGACUGCAGAUGCAAACCCAACCUGUUCUUGCAGAGAACUUUAACCUUGCUGGGAAUGGGAGUGUCCCUCUCCGGUCAAUGGGAAUUCAGUCCCAGUUGUUGUACAGAGGGCCACUGCACUGCAUUAGUACCGUCCUGCAGAACGAGGGCAUUCAAGGGCUCUACAGGGGCGCGGGAGCCAUGAUAUUGCGGGAUGUACCCGGAUACACCCUGUACUUCGUACCAUACACGUUAUUCUGUAACUGGCUGAAUCCUGAUGGCAAUGCCUCGCUCCAUCCCUGCUGUAUAUGGCUAGCAGGAGGUUUAGCAGGAUCCAUCUCGUGGGUCACCGCCACACCAGCAGAUGUUGUGAAAAGCCGGUUGCAGGCGGAUGCCAUGCAGCAAAGGAAAUACAAGGGCAUUCUGCACUGCACCAUGCAAAGUUACAAGACAGAGGGAAUACAUGUUUUCUUUCGUGGAGCGACUGUCAAUGCCGUCAGAGGAUUUCCGAUGUGUGCAACUAUGUUUCUUGGUUACGAGCUUUCCCUCCAGUUUUUCCGCAGUUUCUAAAACAGACUCAUUCUGCUUCCAGAAGGGUCCAUGAUUUCAAUGGCAUGUAGAGACUUGCAUGUGAGUUCAUUGUUGAUACAAUGAAGAGUAUCGGUGAAGCUUUUAGGUUUUUCUUACAUUAAGAAAAUAGGUACAACAUUUUGCUGAGAUGUUUUAAUAUAUGAUUAUGCAUCACCUGCAUGAGAAUGCUACACUAA